AUGGAGAAGGAAGAGCGCAUCCUCCUGCCGGCUAGUGUAAACCCUGUCUCAUACGAGAUCACACUCGAUCCUGAUUUCAACGGUGAGAAAUUCGAAGGCUUUGUCAGGAUCAGCACGAUCCCCAGAUCUGUCUUUUGUCCUCUUGGCGGUGAAGAAGAGGCUACCUUCGCAGUGAACCUUGCAGCCAAAGGCCAGCAGUUUUUCGAAGACUGCUUUGAGCUGCUCUACCCUCUCCCAAAACCCGAUUUGAUCGGGGUUCUCGAAUUUUCUACGGGCGCGAUGGAGGACUGGGGAGCUAUCAUUCUCAGAACUACGAAUCUUGUGCUCGACCCCAAAGACUCGGCUCUGGAUACCAUGCAGAGAAUUGCAGGGACUAUCCUUCACGAAAUCUCUCAUAUGUGGUUCGAUGACCUGGUUAAGAUGAGACACUGGGAUGGGUUGUGGCUAAGAGAAUGUUUCGUUACAUUAAUGCCCUGGUACGCUGCGGACAAGAUGUUUCCAAGCUGGCAUUUCUGGGAUUCCUACGUCGCCCACACUCUUCAGAAAUGGCUCAUCCUCGACUCCCUUACCCGCAGCCAUCCAGUUGAGGUGGUUCUCAACAGCCUGGGCGACACCAAAUUCUUUGACGGCUUGAAGCUGUAUCAUCGACGUCACCAAUUCCAGUGCACCGAGUCGGAUGACCUUUGGAAGGCCCAAGAAGAGGUCAUCGGCGGAUCUAUCGAAGCGAGCAUGAAAGUUUACACCAAAUACCCUGGCUUCCCUGUUCUCCCUGUCUCUGAAUCCCAUGACGAGAGUGGCAAUCUCACGGGUGUUGGACUCUUCCAUCACAGCUUCUUGACCAGCGGUGUGUCAAAGGAAGAAGAUACACCAUCUUUUACAAUCUAUGCACUCAGCUUCUUCCGCACCUCUUACUCACACGGUCUACUCACGCGUCUCCUCGAGGAGGCAUCAGUCGGCACUCUCAGCCUGCGCGACUGUAUAGGAUUAUCGUGCGAUCUCAAAGCAUUGGUUGCUGCAGGAGUGAACAAGACAAGCGAAUUGUUCGACCUCGACGUCAAGGUCGCUGAACUGGGCUCAUUCUAUUUUCACGGGGCUGAGCUGAAUGAGGGUCUUUGGACACUGGCGAGCGAUGUGAUUGACCCUAAGGCAGUGGAACUUGAGUGGACCAUCUCGAAGGAUGAUCACGAGAAUCGCGUCACGUUCAAAGCACCCAUGUUCAGUGGUGCGGGCCUCGCGGAACACCACAGGGAAUUUGAACAUCUCUUUGGUCUUUCAGACGGCUGA